AAGUUCACUUCUUGGUUUACUCUGUUCCUUGGUGCUUUCACCGAAUGUUCUAGUUCUCCGUCUACGAUAGGAAGCUUUUUACAGUCAAACUUAUAGAAAAUGUCAAACCCAACACCCGUGGCCAAGCCUGGAAAUCCAGACAACCCUCGAGUUUUCUUUGAUGUAGAUAUCGGUGGCGAAACAGUUGGCCGUAUUGUGUUUGAGGUCUUUGCUGAUGUUGUCCCUAAAACAGCAGAGAAUUUCCGUGCUCUGUGUACCGGUGAGAAAGGGAUCGGUCAAAGCACCGGGAAACCAUUGCACUUCAAGGGCUGUCGUUUCCACCGGAUCAUCAAGCAAUUUAUGAUCCAGGGUGGUGAUUUUUCCAAUCAGAAUGGAACUGGAGGGGAGAGCAUCUAUGGGGACAAGUUUGAGGAUGAAAACUUUCAUUAUAAGCAUGACAGAGAGGGGCUGCUCAGCAUGGCGAACGCCGGCCCCAACACAAAUGGCUCCCAGUUCUUUAUAACUACUGUUCCCACGCCACACUUGGAUGGAAAACACGUGGUCUUUGGCCAGGUGCUGAAGGGAAUGGGGGUGGUGAAGAUGCUGGAGGAGAUGGAAACUAAGGAAGAUAAUCCUGUCGAGCCCUGCAUCAUUGCUGAAUGUGGAGAGCAUAAAGCGGGAGACGAUUGGGGAAUCGCCCCUAAUGAUGGCUCAGGAGACACAUACUCAGACUUUCCUGAAGACUUUGACCUGGACUUUAAAAAUACAGAUAAAGUCUUGUCUGUGGCAGAGGAUAUCAAAAACAUUGGAAAUCACUUUUUCAAGGAGCAGAACUGGCAGUCUGCCAUCAAGAAGUAUUCAAAAGCUCUCAGGUAUUUAAAGUUAUGUGGCAACACCUUAGACGAUGAUAGUGCCCAAAAGAAGCUGGAGCCCACAGCUUUGAGCUGCAUACUCAAUACAGCUGCCUGUAAACUCAAACUGAAACUCUGGCAAGAUGCGAUCGAGAGCUGUGAUGAGGCCCUGGAGCUCAACCAGAUAAACACUAAAGCGUUGUUCAGGAGAGCCCAGGCCUGGCAAGGACUGAAAGAAUUCAACAAGGCCAUGAUCGACCUGAAGAAAGCACAGGAGAUCGCACCAGAUGACAAAGCGAUCGGAAAUGAAAUGCAGAAAGUAAAGCAGCAAGUCAAGGAAGAGAAGGAGAAAGAAAAGAAGAUUUAUGCCAAAAUGUUUGCAUAAGGAAACAGCAGUGACCUCACUCUACACCGACCUACUUGCACUUGUUCACUCACAUUGCAC